AUGAGUCUGUUAUUUAUUGAUGAGGAGGAUGAUAUUACCCCAGAACCAUAUAAACCAUCAACAUCUACAAUAAAGGAGGAAGAUGAAGAAGUGCAAGUGAAACAAGAAUACCCAGACGAGAAGAUGUCUGAUCCAGAUGACGAUGACCCAAUAGUAGAAUCAAUACCAUUACACAUAAACACAGUACCAGAAAGAGUAAAACAGUCAUUACAUGUUUUACAGUAUGCUGGUCGACCCAAAUCACGUCCAAAUAAAGCUGGAAAUUGCCAUGCCUCAAUCAAACCGGAGUCACAGUACCUUCAAGUGAAAGUACCCCUUGAUACCGACAAAUUCUUUAAUGUGGACAAAGUUCAGGAAUGGGGUGAGCAAAUUUUUGAGCAGACGAUUCUGGGUGUAUUGGAUGGGUCUUAUGAAGUAGGAAACUAUGCUGCAAAAAUAGUAAAUGAUGGCAAUGAAAGACGAGUUGUGUUGAUUCCGGUGGACAGUACAGUUCAAUUAAAACCUUCGUUCAAGUACAUUGAUGAUUUAGAAGCCCAAACCAUUCAACAGAGGAGACAACAAGAGAGCACUAAUGAAAAACCAGCAAAUGUUCAAAUCUUGCAAUCAGCUGCUAAGCAUUCUACUCAAUCUGGUGAGUUCCUGCAUUCGUUAGGGGAUUCAUUGAAACUGGUAAAGCAUUUUGAAGAAGAAGAAUGGCAGAAUUUAAUUUGGAAAAGAGGCGAUGAUGAUGUAACCAAAAGUAUAAAGUUUGGCUUAGACCAUCAUAUAGAUACAAAUAUUGAAUUGAAAACAAAGACUUCAUAUGAUGAAUACAUAGACAUGUUAAUAAAUAGUUGA